AUGCGGGGGCUAGUGGAUAGCAGCUGGAUGAGGUUUGGACCAGCAGGCAGAGAGUCGUAUGACUGGGUGACAGGAUCUCCUUCAACAUCAGAGCAGCAGGUGUGUAGAGUUCAGCUGUGUAAAUCUGACAAAUGUAAUCCUUUAUAUUAAAAAAGUUUGGAGCUGGUGGUUUACAUUAUCCUUCCAAUUGUCUCCGUCCUCCUGCUGGCUGUCCUGGUUGGGCUGAUAUACCGCUGCUAUUCACACAGUAAACUAAGCUUGGCUAACAUCAUCACUCUUGACCUUGAGGAUGCAGAGAGCAGCGUUGAGUUUCUGUCCUCUCUGACCAAGAACGCCGAGCGCCACGCCAGCACCAGCUCCGAUGGAUCCGAUGGAGUCUUUGUUAUGGUCUACCUGCCUCCACCGUACGAGGAAACGCUCACCAAGAUCAGCAGAGCUGCCAGCCUAUCCAGUUCCAAAGAUGUAGAGUCCAUAAAAAUAGAAAAUAUAGAAGCAAAAAUGUGUCCAGAGCUCAAAUCCACUGGGUGA